UUAGCUUGCUUGUAGUUGUUGUUAGCUAACGAUAAGCCACUUUGCUAGCGCUAGUUUUCUGCAGUUAUUUCUCUAACGAGAUGCCCAGAUGAGGGUUAGCCUUGUGGAUCAACAGACACUGGUGAUGUUGAGAAAAUACGAGUGGUAUAUAUGUGAAUAACAACACACAAUAUCGUAUAGCUUAUGAUAGCUUAGCCGUGAUGCUAGUAAUUAACCAUUAGCGGAUAAGUAACAGCUGCAGUGCUAAUGCUGUGCUGCAAAGCACGAGAGAGGUCAUUGUAUAGUUGUGUGUGUGUUGUGCUAAAGCGUUGUUAGCUGCAUAGAUAAGCUGUUGCUUUACUAUCUGAAUAAAUCUGCCUAAUUGCAAUGGCAAGUCUUUCCUCAAAGUUUGCAAUAUUAUGGUUGCAUCACAGCUCACCAUAUUUGAGAUCUGUCCAGCGUAAAAGUCAUCGCUGCCUGCUAGAGACGUUGGAUCUCAAGCUUUUCAGGAGAAAGUAAUGGACCUCCACAAAAUUAUCCACAGUGCGCUGCACGAAUUUAUUCAGACUUACAUACCUGAUGCAGAUCUCAGCACACUGGAUGAUGUCCUGUUGUCUUACAUCACUGGGGUCCUGGAGGAUCUUGGUUCCCAGCAGAGUGUUGAGGAGAACUUUGAUGUGGAGGACUUUGCAGAGAUGCUAGAAGCUUACAUACCUGGCUUUGCAGAAAUUGACAGUGUCAAAGUCUGUGAAAUGAUGUUCAGUCUGGCUUCAAAACUAGCUACUGCUCGGACCUCAGCUCGUGAAGAAAAUGGUAUCCCUAAGGCAAGGACAGAAGAGAUCUCAUUGAAGCUCACCAGCCUGCCCAGUGAGCCACCAAGAAGAGAAACGCAGUGCCUUAAAUCACAGACAGAGGGAGCCACUGCCAAGCCACCAGUGUCUGAGUGGGAUGCCCAGGAGCAGCACUUACUAGAGAUGUUUCCCAAGUGUAGUCUGACUGAGGCUCGUAGCGCCCUGUCUAUUGCCAAAGGAGACAUGGAGGAAGCUGUGCGUCUUAUCAUAGAAGGGGAUGUUCAACUCAGUCCCACACCUCUUAAUGUAAACCAGGGCAAGAGUAUUUCCUCACUGGCAGACCAGAAACUUAAAGAGAGCAUCCUUGAGAAGUACAUGCUGGUGGACAGGGAGGAAGAUAAGAAAACACACCGUCCCGUCGUUCCCAAAGAUGCUCCAAAGAAGCUAGUUCGGUACCACGGUAACCAGGUGGUAACCACAAAAGGAGAACGGUAUCAGCUCGUGAAGAAGGACGAGACAGAGGACAUGAAGAAGACAUACGUCAACCUCAAGCCAGCGCGAAAGUACAGAUUCCAUUGAUGACGAGCACAGUUCUGAAAGAGCAGCUAAUGACAGUAUUGUUUACACUAUUUUUAUUUAUUAAUUUCAUUUAGCCUAAUUUUUGUUUGUUUUUUUUCCCAAUUAAAAGCUGACAUCUGCAGUGUUGUCAGAAGCUUCUUUUGAAAAAGACAAAAAACGUUACCUUUACAUGCCUUGGUUAAAACGUUGGAUUAUGGUGUUUCAGUUUUAUAUUGGAGGAUCUUUUUUUGUCAGAUAUUUCAGUCAGGAUGUUGUGACUUGCGUUCUUGUGUGUGUGUGUGUAACAGCCUAACCUAUCUACUUUUGGCCAUCUCAGCAGGUCUGAUGUUGCACUGACAGUAUUGAGGUUGUGUUUGUUUAAUUUUUUUUAUUAUUGUUUUUUAUGCAUUUUUCUUUUUAAGCCGUACUGACAUUGUGAAUGAACCUAUAUUGAUUUCUGUAACUAAGUUUUAGUGGUGCUGUAAAGUUUCUUCUUGACAUUAGUAUUAUCAGCUGUUUUAUGUACAUACUGAUUCAAAGAGGCCAAUUUCAUUUAGUUUAAAGUUAGGUCCAGAGUUUGUUGGACAAGGACACUGUUGUUGGACUUUUGCCUCUGUACUCCACCACAGUGGAUUUUGAAUAAGAUAAUCGUGAUGAUUUUAAACAUUACUCUUAGAUGUUUAUUGGUAAAGUCAAGUCCUUCUUGUUCUUGUGUAAUCAGUGGUUUCCAACUUGUUUUAAACUUGCUGUAUUUAAAUUGAUGAAGGCAUCUCUUAAUUGCAGUUUGUGAAAAUGGAGGAUAUGCUUAUGAAGUUGCUUUUCUUACCCAUGUAAAUAAUUGCCAUUGUGACCUUUAGUUGUCUUCUAUGGUCUUUCAGUUGUGGUGUAUACACACAAAACUACAAAAAUUGUCUUUGUCCAACAAAUUAUGGACCUAACUGUGUAUUGUAGCCAGUAGGAGUGCUGCAGAUAUGUUUGUUCAGGCCUUGAAUUUUAAAUCGGUUUCAGUCCAUAAGAGGAAGUCCUGUAUGUUUACUUGAACCACUUUCUGACGCACGUCUUAGGGCAAAAAAAGGAUGUUUUAAUAUGCAAAGAUUUACACUAUUUUGGUUGUUUUGCCACAGCAGACUAUCACCCCCUGCACCUCCCUACAUUGUUGAAUCUCCUCAGGUCUUACUCUCUUUCUCCUGCCUGGCAGCUCCAUCUUCAUCACCUCCUCUGCACAUGUUCAAACCAUCUCAGCUUUGUCUCCAGAAAGCUAAACCUGAGCUGUCCCUCUGAUGUACUCAUUUCUAAUUCUGUCCAUCUUGGUUACUCCCAGUGAAAAUCUUGGCGUCUUUAACUCUGCAGCCUAGCUGUUUAAGUACUUAAUUUAAAAUCAGAGGGGAAGAAAAUGCAUUACAAUAACUCGAUCUGAAGUCUGACAGAAGUGAGAUUUGACAACCUACGGAUUCACAGCUCAUCCCUAAUAAAGGAGGACGUACACGUCACAGGCCUUACCCAGCUGAAAACACGUCCGUAUACUAUAUAAAUUCAUUUUUCAAGACACGUUCAAACAAUUGCAGCACUCUACUUUCUAACAUUACAAAGUUGUGUGUGUGCUUUCUUUCACACCCCUAAUGCAAAGUGAAAAAUGCUGCUGGAUGACUUCAUUUUAAAGUUCAUUCCAACAGGAUUACCUUUAUUUUUGAUAGAGAUGUUUAGAUUUGCAAAUUCUCCAAUCAUGUAUUUGUGAUAAUAGAAGAUCAUGUGCUUUCAGGGUCCGUUUACAUAUUACCGAAGUGGUUCUCUUGUCACAGCGCCUCUCAUCUCAUUUGUGUUCUGUGAGGUUUGCUUCGCAUGUGAUUGUGGAUGUGUGUUUUUUCUCUGAUUGGAUUCUGAUUUCUUGUUACUUGUAGAUUAGGAUAAAUGGGGUUUUCUUUUAGAUAUACGCUUUGUGUUUCUUUCUGCGUCCAUUUGGACCAGCUAUAAGCAUUUGUUCUAAAUGGAUGGUAUAUAGUUUUCCCCUCGGUGUAGUGUAACAGCUGGGUGUUGGAAAGAUGUGUUGUUACUGGUGCUUAUCAGCAGCAAUGUUAUCUUUAAAUACUGUAUGAUGGUGUUACUGUAGAGCAUGGAAUGGAUCCCCUGAAGCUGUUUUAGUGACAACAGAAACAGCUUUCCUCGCUCUGAGAAACUGCUGACGCACAAUUUAUAGUAAAUACUAAUUUUGUAGACUACCAUAUGAGUUGUCUAUUUAUUCAUGUACAUAAAUAUUCAAAUUUAGCACCUUAAGUUUAUUAUUUAAUUUCACAGCUUUCAGUAAUCAGUCAACUUUGAAGAAGAAGAACAAACAAACUUUAAUCAGAAGAACAAGAUGACAUUUAAAAAAAAGAAAAAAAACCCACAGGCAUCCAUCAAUAAAAAAGGGAAGAAAAAAAAAACGUUACCUCCAUCUCUGCAAAUAAAGUCAUUCUCACCUUUAAAGCAGCUUAAUUCCAGAGUGACAAUAAGCAUUUUUACUAUAAAAUUGGAAAAUUAAAAAAAAAAUCUUGUGACAUUGAAUACCCUGCCCAUUUAAGACAAGGCACGCACAGUAAUUAAUUACCCUAGCAAAACAUCAGUCUUAUUUUUACAGAGCAAUUAGUACUCAACGUUUGAUCACUGUACAAUUUGUGAGAAGAACAAAUGAUUACUAUCAGCAGUUUAAAGGCUGAACCUUGAUCAGAAAGAAAGGAAAAAAAAUAUUGUCAAUAUUUAUGUAUAUUUCCAUUUCAAGGCUUCAUCUCACCGAUUUACUCAGUUACAUUAUGAAGAUACCAUCUACUGGUUGGUUUGGCACAUACCGCACAGGACACCAGUCAGGCACAACAUAUAAACCACUGCUAUUUAAGUUAAUCAAACUGUUAUGGUGUUCUGAGAAACCAUGCUCCUACUGUAGCAUUCAUGUGGAUGCUACGUUGACGUGCACAAGCCACUGUACCCCACUGUGCUCGCUUUUAAUACUGUGGCCGCACAGCGUGUACCAAAUGGCGUCCCUUUUAUUUAAUGUACAUAUUAAUAACAACUCGAGAGAGCAGCUUAAACUUCUAUGACAGCCAUCUUUCAAGUCGCUCUCGCUUCAAGAUCUUAAAAACCUGUUUGUGUGAAAGUAGAAAUGCAUUUUUCUCAUCUACAGAUGCAAGUACAGCAUUUUCACCAGGAAUUAGAUGUUUGUAUACAUUGCAGAAUCAUAUAAUUUCA